AUGAUGCAAGGCAGCGCCUGCUCGACGAGGAAAGCGAAACGGAGGAUGGCUCCUCUUGGCACCUUCCAGAACGUUCUCUGCGACCCCCCCGAGGAGACGCCGCUUCUGUCCGAGUGGACGGUUGCCGAAGUCGUGAAGGCCGCACCAAUCUUCGACGAUUCCAAACGCGGCACGACUCUAUUUCCAAGAAAUAACCGAGGACCGAGGAUUGUGGUGACCUACUACGCGGGUAGUUCCGAGGCUAAAAAGAAAGCCUAUCGAGAGCUGCGGGGGCGGCUGCUAGGUACAGGUUCCGAAGAAACCGCGCAACUAGCAGACAGCGUUUUUUCGUUUCAAGACGAGUUUGUGGGUGGGUAUUCGAGUUCCACGGACCUGUCAAAGGUGAUGGACGGACAAGUGAAGAAGUUUCAGAAUUUCAUCCCCAAGCAAGUGGGUACUAGUACUCCGCUUUUCCGGUCUUCCUUCACAUUUACCGGAGUUCCGCGAAAUGAGGUGUACACGAUUCUGGAAGAAAACUGCGAGCGGUGGGAAAGAAGAGUCGAGCACGCGAAGACGUUGAUGUCCUCGUCGUCGUCCGCUGGUGAAAAAACAUCAGUAUCAAAUGCAAAUAUGUCUGGGUCUGGAAGAUUGCAACUUGUGAUGCUGUCUCUGCAUUCUAAAAAAAUCUGUAUUGCAUGACCAGCAAGAGGGGUCCAGUUUGUGCUACAUGGAGAUGGCAUUUCUCAUCCGGGAUAGGCAUCAGAAAGCCCGCUAAAAAUCUGCGAUGCCAGGUUAUCCAUUACAGGCGUUAUGGGUCAUGUAAAAUCUGCAUGACAAGUCUGGCAUUUUUCCAGACCCAGACAUUUUUGCAUUUGAUAAUAAUCAGCACCACACAGCGCCUUCUACGCCGACAACCAUGCGAAGGUGGGUGCUGACUUCGAGUUUGUGAAGGCGGCGGAUUUAUAUCAACAAGCAGGAGCUUUUCCUUCUAGCGCCCGUCCUGUGCCUGAAGAACAAGCUUGGUGGGAAAAGCUGUGGCAACUACUGAUGCUCGCGUCGUCUGGUGCGCAGAAGCCUCCGAUGAAAGGCAGAGCAGUCAAUCUCGUUACCGUAGAUUUCCUUGGGAGUACGCUGUGGCGGUUAUCCUGAGCAAAAACGUCCCCACGGUUCCCAGAGUUGCAUUUAUGCAAAUCUGCAUGCCAAAGAAAAUUUCCCACGCGGAAACCCAUGAGAAGCAUUUUCUAGUCGUGUUUUGGACGUCGAAUUUGUCAUGCUAGAAUCAGCGUGACAUGCUAUAUCUGCGACGCUGCUGAACUAGCUGAACAGGAGUUUUACACUAUGAAGGAACAAAGCUUGUCAACAUGCGAAACAACCACUGCGAAACGACCAAAGCUGGUUGAUUUGUCUAAAGUAGAUUUCAUCCCAUCUUGAGGCUGGGGACGUUUUUGCACAGGAUAACGGUCGAAGUAUGGGCAACGACAAUCCAUUGUCGAGAUGCUCAAAGCGUCGAACGUGGAACGGAUUGAGUCUACUGCGCAGCAGCAGGCGCUGCGCACGUCAACAAAUAAACGAAAAGCCACUGGUCGCGCAAGUACUUCUUCUCAGUCGCGCCGCCGAAAAAGGCAACGUCGAGCAGGACAGUUCGCCGCGCAAGACUAUGGAAGCGUCAGGAUUGAAAUCGACAAAGUUGAAAUGAUUUGUCAUGCAUAAAAUGGAUGCCAGAUGUAACCCAGUUCUCAACUGGCGCAUGACAAAUUUGGGUAGAGCCGAAAUCCAGUUUGUAAUGCUGUUUGGGUAAGGAAGACGCCUUUUGUCGUGCUACUUUAGCAGCUCUAUUUCUACCCCUCAACAGGCUUACAACCUGCCUCCCUUGCCUACUCUGCAAGACAGGCAUUUUGUGGGUUGCAUUUUAUGCAUCACAAACUAUUAGUUACGACUUUGACGAUUUCAAUCCUGACGCUUCCAUAAUAACCCCGUGGCAGACGGGCUUGCCGAUCGAGUUCUUCCUGUUCCAGCUCAGCUUGUUCUAUCAAAUGCAAAUAUGUCUGGGUCUGGAAACCGAAACUUGUAAUGCUGAGUUGUGAAUAGUGAAUUCUCGUCUGUAAUGGUGCACAGCCAAGCAUGAGAAAUAUUUGCGCAGCUUAGCGUUGCGCCUGCCGCAUGAAAAACUGCGUUUGUGCCAGACAAGCAUGACAAACCUUGCAUCCUUCCAGACAUCCGGACAUAUUUGCAAUGCAUACCUGCAGCCUGGAAAGGAAUCCGGGCUGGUUGAAACGGAAAUGAAUGGUGAGCCAAAAAAGCGGGGACAGAAUCGCAGCUACACCAACACCCGACUGAUGCGCGAUCAUCAGGCUCACGGUGAUACGGCGAAUGUUGGUGGUCCUGAAAAUUGUCGUGCCAGCGGCGCACUCGUCGACGACGAGGCCGUCAAUAGCCUUUCGAAGAGACUGCAGGGUCUCUCCUUGGACACGCAUCACCAGACCCGGCAUCGUUCCAGAUCCAGACCCAGACAUAUUCGCAAUCCAUAUGUUCCGCAGAGUAGCAAGGUAGCUGCUGUACUGGAAGGCGAUCAUUUUUCCGAUUGGGAGAUGAUUUGAAAUCAGCAUCCGCUGAGUAAGUACUUACUUAACGAGGUUUAAUUGACACGGUCGUUCGAUAAAUGGACAGCAGAAUCGUGUUAUUUCUUGAUCAUGUUGAGGAACUCGAACUUCUUCUUCUACAUAGGAGCAGACGAGAUUCGAAUAGCUUCGCCCGCUCGGUGUGACAUCGCACACUUGCGCUAGAAGGAGCAUUUUUCACAGAGUUCACCUGCCGCGACGGCGCGCGGUCCGUCGUUUCCGGUAGCAACUGAGAAAAACACUGCUUCUGCUGUUGUGCCGCAGUGCGUGUCCAGCUGCAAGGAAACCCAGCCGGAAGCACAUUAAAAACGCAUCCGCAGCGCACCCCAGCCGAAAAUGCCUCUUCAGGGCAUUUCUACCGAGCUGGUGGAGAUCCAGCUAGAGACGCCCUCUCAGACGCAGCAUUUGCAUUCCUAGCUGGAAAUCCAGCCAGAGAGGCCCCCUCCGUGCGUUUCCAGCUGGAAGGAAAUCCAGCCGGGAACGCAUUGGAAACGCACGCGCGACGCUUUUCCAGCUGGGAGCCCAGCUGUUGAUGCCUUCUCAGUGCAUUUCUUCUAGCUGGAAGUAAACCCGGCCGGAGACGCAGCGAAAAUGCAUCCGUGGCCUGAUGGAUGCCUUUUCGAGGCAUGUCGAGCUGGGAACGCGGCUAGAGACGCCAUCGCAGCGCGCUUCUGGGUGGAAAUCUAGUUAGCGGCGCCGUCUCAGUGCGUUUCUAGCUGGAAACCCACCGAGCGACGCCGUCUCAGUGCGUUGCUAGCUAGAAAUCCAGCUAGCGACGCCGCCCCGGUGUGUGUCCAGCAGGGAAUCCAGCUAGCAAUGCCGUCUCAGCGCCUUUCUAGCUGGACGGAAUGAAAUACAGCCGGAGAGGCAGCGGCAGCGUGUUUCCGGCUAGAGAUCCAGGCAGAAGGCAUCGCCAGCGCGUUCCCUGAACGAAAUCCAGCCGGAGAGGCAUCGCCAAAGCGCCCCCAACUGGAAGAAAUUCAGCUUGCAACACCUUCGCAGGGAAUUUCUCGCGUGAAAUGGAGCCGGAGACGCCUUUUCAGAGCAUUCCUAGCGGGAAACCCAGGCGGCGGCGUGUUUUUUUCUAGCGGGGAGGAAAUUAAUCCAGCCGGGAGCCAAUGCAUUACUUAAAGAGGCAUCCGCAAGCAACGCGCCCCCAGCUGGAAAUCGUUCGGGGGCGCCGCUUCGAAGAGUAUCCAGCUGGAGGCGCCGUGGCAAUGGAAGUCCAGCUUGCUGGAGACGCCAUUUCGAGGGAAAUCCAGAAGGAAACGCAUCGAGCAGGCUGCUUCAGCGCACUUUCGCCCGGCCUUUUCAAAGUGUUAGCCGAAGACGAUUUUCGUUUUCUAGCCUGGAGUCCAGCUGUGGGGAACACUUUGAAAAGGCAUCCGCGGCGUAUUGUGAGCUGGGAUUCCAGGCCAAGACGCCUCAAGGCGUUGCCAGGUGGAUAGAUUUGCGGGCGGAGAUGCCUCGGGGCAUUUGCAGCUGUCAAGAAUCGCAAGGCAGCUGAUCUCUCUUCAGUUUUGCGGGUUUUCUUCCCGCGCUAGCAAAACUCUUCUGGCUACCCGGGGAAGGGUUUUCCUAGAAGGAUGCUGCGCAGCAGGUAUCGGGAAGCUAUCGGGAAGGGGUGGCAGAGCUGAAGCUUUUCUCGGGUUGUUGUGCUUAGCACGGCUACUCCGGCUACCCGGGGCAAGGAUCUUCUAGUAGGGCUGUGGGACGGUGUUCAUUGGGAUAGUGGAAAGGUAUUGGGAGUUUGUUUCUUUUUCCCGAGUUGUUGUGUUUAGCGCAGUUAUUCUGGCUACCCGGGGCAUGGGUUUUCUAGUAGAAUGGUGGGAAGAUAUUGGCGGAGGCAUCCCUCUGCGCCAUCGUUGCACGCCUUCCAGGUGCACCAUCCGGGGCUGUGGUUGCCGCCUUCCGUCUCCGUCGGCUGCUCGUGAUGUCUCCGUGCGUGCGAUCGUCAGCUGAGGCGUUUUGUCCUUAGGUAUUUCAGUAAGGAAGUGACACGCGAUCGCGCAGAUCCGAGCGACCCUAGAUGAAUUGUUGUGGUUCGCAUAGCUUUUUUCCCCGGGUUGUUGUGUAUAGCAUAGCGCUUCUGCCUACCCAGGGGAAACAAAGGUUUCCGGUAGGAUAUUGGGAGGAAGUCGCCAGGAUCCGGAAGAGUGCUUGGCUUUUCUCCCGAGUUGUUGCGUUUAGCAUAGGCAUUCUGGCUGCCCAGAGGGAGGGUUUCCGGUAGAAUAUUGAAAGAGAAUUUGCAGGCUGGGAGUAGGAUAUUGGAAGCGGAUGGGAAGUUUUUUUUCCCGAGUUGCUGCGUUUAGCAUAGCUAUUCUGGCUACCUGGGGAAAAGAUUUCCCAGUAGGAUACGGAAAGGGUAUCUUCCGGAUAGUUGGAGGAUAUUGGGAAUGGAUGGGAAGAGUUCGUUUUUUUGCCCAAGUUGCUGCGUUUAGCACAGCAAUUCUGGCUACCUGGGGAAAAGGUUUCGUAGUAGGAUACUGGAAGGAUAUCUUCAGGAUAGUUGGAGGAUAUUGGGAACGGAUGGGAAAAGUUCGCUUUUUUGCCCGAGUUGCUGUGUUUAGCACAGCAAUUCUGGCUACCCAGGGAAAAGAUUUCCCAGUAGGGUACUGGGAGGGUAUCAGGAUAAUGCAGGAGCAUUGGGAUAGUGGUGGGAAGGUGUGGGCAAUGGGAUGGAGAAUGUUGUUUGUUUUCCCCGAAUUGCUGUGCUUAGCGCAGCAAUUCUGGCUACCCAGGGGAAAGAUUUCUCAGUAGGAUAGGUGGCAAUCCAUGUACAGCUUGCAGGGAUGCGAUCGCCGCCUUCACUAUUCGGCCGCCUGAUCGCGUUGUUCUCCUCGGGCGCGCGAUCAGCUGAGUUCUUUUGUUCCUUAGGGAUUUCAGUAAGAAAGUGGCACGCGAUCGCGCGGAUCCGAGUGGCCCCCUACUUCACUCGCCGUUUCGAUAUGAUGACAUUGCGGCCCAAUCUGUAUGAAUGAUUUUAAGAUCUAAGAUUAUAACUUGAAGAUCUAAGCGCAUGACUUUUGCGAUGAGGAUUCACAUGCGGGGGGCCCUCGCCCCCCCCCGCGCCCCCCCCGCCCUUUCGAUAUGAUGACACUGCGCCCCAAUCUGUGUGAAUGAUUUUGAGAUCGAUGAGCAUGCCUUUAUUUAAGAUCUAAGCCCAUGACUUUUGAGAUGACGACUCACAUGCGGGGGGCCCUCGCCCCCCCCCGCGCCCCCCCCGCCCUUUCGAUAUGAUGACGCUGCGCCCCAAUCUGUGCGAUUUGUAGAUUAUGACUUGAGAUCGAAAGUAUUUUUUGUGAUCGAGAUUAUGACUCGCGAUCGAGACUUGUGAAAGAUGAAACUGACUACGAUCAAAGAUUAAGCCUUAGACUUUGCUUGAUCGAGAUGGGAAGGUUGCAGAUAGAUUAUGACUGUGAUAUCAUUUAAGAUUCAGACUGAGACUACAUCUGCGAUGAUGAUAGAAGAGAUUGAGAUUUGAUAUGUGAUCUAAGAUUUAGAUUGAGAUUUAAGAUUCAGAUUGAGAUUUAAGAUUGAGAUUGCGAUUUAAGAUGAUUGGAGAUUCGAAUAAGAUUUGAGACUGGGCUAAGAUUUAAGAUUCAGAUUGAGACUGAGAUUGAGACUUGAGAUUGAGACUUGAUAUGAAAUUGAAUUAUUCAAUUUGAAUUAUUCACGAAAUUGAAUUAUUCAAUUUGAAUUAUUCACGAAGUUGAAGUAUUCAAUUUGAAUUAUUCGGAAAGUUGAAUUAUUCGUGAGUCUUGCGAUGAAAUUGUAGAUAUGACUAUCAAUUUUUACUAUACUUUUCUCAGCACCUCCUGAAGAUUGGUGGGAUUUUGGGCCUAAGCGGAAACAUUUCGGAAAAUCCAAAAACCCCGCAAACAAAAUCCGAAAAAAAUCCAAAAAAAAGCUUUCCGCUUUCGUUUUCCCGCAGAUGGCCGGGGCUUCGGGGUUUCGAUGGUGGUUGCCUGCGUCUCUCCGGUAUCCUUUUCUCCUUCGGGUCUUGUUGAGUCCGUGUUCUUGUGUCUUGUGGGCCAGCUCUGUGCUCAGAGGACCCAGCAUGGGGUGGGUUGGAUGGGAGUUGUGUUCUCUUCAUGUGUGGGGUUUUCCGAUGUUCGACAAAAUGUCGGGUGGGUGUGUUUUAGGUUUUCGCCUGCGAAAAAUCUCGGGCGCCAACCUUUCGUCGGCUUCUGUGGGUGUGUAGUGGUUUUCUGAGAACCUUCUCUGCGCUACAGAUUUUCCCUGGGAUUUUGCCGCGGGGGUGGUCGCGGAAAAUCCCAGGAAAAUUUUGAGGAAAAUCAAAAGAAAACCAAAACCAUCGCAAGGAAAAUUUCAGGAAAAUUUUAAAAAUCGGGCAAAUUGCAAAAACGUGAGGGAUUUUGCGCUACAUGCCCGAUUUUUGAAAUUUUCCGGGACCAUUUUUGAGGUCCAUUGAAAUUUUCCUGAGCCGAAUUGAAAUUUUCCUGAGCCUGUUUGAAAUUUUCCUGAAAUUUUCCGAGCAGGAAAUCUCACGAAAAUUUCACGGCAGGCUCGUGGAGUUUGCGACGUCCUUUUUCCCCACGCCCGCGCUGAGCUGGGAAGAAUCCAUCGAUGAAGCCCUGGGCCCCAUUGCCCAGCGCCGGGGAUUUGUGUCAGGGCUGGUUCGGCUUUCUCCAUAUGCCAGUCGACUACCUCAUGCGCAGGCUGUGGCCAUUCUUUCUUGCGUAUUUUGUCGCCCCUCCUCCGGAGGCUCAGGCAGCCGCGCGCCCCUUACAAAAUUACUCUUGCCUCUGCCUCUCCCACCUGUGACGCUUCCCGCCUCGCCAUUCUCAGGGCCCGCCUUGCCUUUUCUUUUGUUUCUCGAACAAUGGGGCAUCUGCCGAAGAAAAAAAAAACUCGAAAAAAUUUUGGAUUUUCCGGCCUGAAAGCGUUAGGGCGAAAAUCUGCCCAAUGAAGAAGAGGGCUGGGGAUACAACAAGAGCAUGCAAGUACGACUAGAAGCAGGAGGCUGCUGGUGCUUUCGACGCAUAUGCAUAAUUCAAAGUAGCUGUUUACACAUUUUUAUGCGCACAACUUCCGAUCACGAAAAAUCCUGAAAAAGUGGCCAACAACUUCGACCCAACAACUACAGAGGGCUGCUUAAGAAGUUCUUAAAUUAUGGAACAGCCGAGGACCAAUUACUAUACACCUGGAAAAUGUUUGAAGCCAUUUUUUCUAACAUCAGAGAAGAUUUUUACCUGGAAGAAGAUAGAACACCUACACAACUUUGGGCGUUUUGAUGUCGGUACGAUACAUGCUGUAGUUUUUGAGAUUUUGUGUAUGAUGACUUUACUUUUCGACAAAUAUGCCGCGAUCUGGCGUAGAGGAUAGGCUGUUUCGCUGGAAACAGUACAGCACCUGCCUGUACAGUGACCGCGCAGGAAGUACUAGAGGAGCACAACUGCUCCUUAUGCGAAGCGGUUACUUGUGUGGACCUGCUGCUGGACUUCCUCCAAAAACCACCUGUAUAAUUAGGACUGCGCGUGCAGCCUGAUGCUUUGUAUGAUUUUUUAGAAAGGAAUCGAAAAGGAAAAC